AUGAAGGCACUGGUAAUAAUUUUAUUCUCAAUCAUCGCUUCUUCUUACGUUCUUGGACUUUCUGCUGAACAAAGUCUUGAAAGGAAUACAAAAACUAUUGAUAAAAGUGAUGGUUGGUUUGUACCACAUUUGAACGGAUCCCUCAAAUGGGUGACUAAAGAAGAAGGUGCAAAGUUUGAACGGCAAUUAUCAAUGGCAAGAUUUGGGCGAAAGGUAAAAGUUGCUUUUUACUUGUACACCCAGAAGAAUCGAGAUUACACGCAAAAGCUUUCAAUAAAUGACAAAGCGGGCCUAAGUGCGACAAAUUUCAAUAGCAGCAAUCCAACAAGAAUCAUCAUUCAUGGUUGGCAAAAUGAUUUUACUUCCGAUGUUAACGACGAAAUAGGUCCGGCUUUUUUGGAUGUCAUGGAUUGCAAUGUCAUUUCUGUGGACUGGCAUGGAAAAGCCAUGAGCUAUAAUUACAUGAAUUCCAAAAACAGUGUUCCCAAAGUUGGCAAACAAGUCGCUCAAAUGAUUGAUUUCUUAGUUACCGAAGGCAAAAUGUCCUUGGAUGACCUUUAUGUGAUUGGUCAUAGUUUAGGUGCCCAUGUGUCAGGAGUUGCUGGAAAACAUGUGACAACUGGGAAAAUUCAUACAAUUAUCGGUUUGGACCCGGCAUGGCCAAUGUAUUUGAUUGAUACAUGUACUAAUCGUCUCUGUGCUGGUGAUGCCCAAUAUGUUGAAGUAGUUCACACAAAUGGUGGCUUAUUGGGAUUCUUGGAACCUGUUGGAAAUGCUGAUUUCUAUGCAAAUGGAGGCAUGUUACAACCAGGAUGUGGAAUAGAUGUAGGUGGAAUGUGUUCACAUUCCAGAUCACAUCUUUACUAUGCUGAGUCUAUUAGAGAAAAUGGUUUUGAAAGUCGAAAAUGUUCGAAUUGGAUGACUGCUUUAUUGGGGACUUGUGAUAAGAAAUCGGUUGCUCAAUUGGGUAAUAGUUUGAAUUUUGGAAAUCUUGAGGGAUAUUACUAUACUCCUGUCAAUGACAAUCCUCUUUAUGGUCAACCAAAAUGAAUUUAAGAAAAUGUAUCAACUUCACAAACAAUUAAAAUAAAAUGCACGACUGGGGUCGCACGUACUUGCUCUUGCCGUCCAAAGCACUUUUAUGUUAGUUUACUUGUAGAUUUUAAGA